AUGAACGCGCUCUUUGGCUUCCUCUCGUCACCGCUUAAGAAGCAGCCCGAGGGACCACCAACCGCCACAAUGCCAGUUUCACAGCAGUCUCGAAAUCCUUCACCCAGAAAUCAUCGAAUCCCCAAACGCGCAUCAAACCAGUUUUUAGAAUCGGAAGGUCGCAGCCCUCUCUCACGACGUAGUAACGUUUCUUCUACAACAUCUGUACACGAUACAACUGGCGAUAUCUCUAUCACCAGCACAAGACGCGAGACCAUCGCUACGAUGCCCCCUCCCUCCAAAAAAACACCAAAACGAACAUCAAUGGGUGGUGUUCAGUCGUCUGUUACCAAACGAUCCACCGCGUCUCAACGCGUCUCAUCCUCCCCACGACCACGACCAACUAAAAGACAGCCGUCGGUCGAGCUUGGCGAAGACUCAGUCAUCAGCACCAGCGACUCUCCCGCCCUCUCAAGCAGGGCGCGCAGUGCAAAGAACUCCCCUGCAGUGUCUGCUAGAAGCACACGCACCAGCGCCGCGAAUUCUCCUGCGACAUCCACCACCAAAAAGAGAGCGACUAUGAAGCCUAACUUUACGGCGGUGAAUAGUCCUCUUGCGGAGAGCGACCUUCCUCCUUCGCGCCGAACUCAACCAAGACCUAGACGAUCCCAAGUUGUCCCCGAGCAAGAAGAAGAAGAAGAAGAGGAAGAGGGGGAGUCUGAGGCGUCUGAGGAGUCUGAGGAGGUAGAGUACGAAGAAGAGGGUCAGGAACCCCAGGUGCAGGAGCCAGAGGUGCAGGAGGCAGACGAAGAGAGCCUUGAGGAAGAGGACCUUGCGGAAGAGGAGCCUGGCCAAGAAAUCGACCCAGGAGAGUCGUCGGUAGAGGAAGAGGAAGAAGAAGAGGCCGAGGAAGACGACGACCAAGAGCACGAGUUCGUGCAAAUCAUGGAUUACCGUUGGGUUGGCGAUAAGAUUGAACUUCGUGUCGAGUGGUCUGAUGGCGAGCGCACCUGGUCCCCCGAAGAGGUCUUCCACGAAGACAGCCCCGAAGCCCUCUUUGAGUUUUGGCGCAAACGUCCCGGUGGACGACCCGAAAACCCCGAGGACCCAGGCACGUAUCUAGUCUUCGCCAUCCGCAAACACAGAACCCAACGCAAUAAGAAGCAGGUAUUUGUGGAGUGGUUGGGUUACCCCAUUUCCGAGGGUACUUGGGAGAGCCAAAACUACAUUGAACAGGUUGCCUCGGAUCAUAUGGACGACUACAUGAGCAGGCUCAAGGGAACCAGCAAGGCCAAGACCGUAGCCAAGACCAGGGUUGCUGCACCACCCAAGAAGAAGGGUACUGCAAAGCCAGUCGCCAAGGGCAGAGGUAGACCCAAGGGUACAACAAAGUCAACCACCGCGACCUUGAACAAGACUCUAGGCAAGUCGCGAGUCACGAAACGCUAG